AUGCAAAGAACACCGCCGCCAACACCUCCUAUCUCAGCGUCACAUAGCUCUUCAGUACCUAAUCUAAAAGACAUGUCUGACUGUAGCCGUGUUAGUGAUGUUAGUCAGGAUUACAUAAACAUCCAAAGAUACAAACGUCCAAGAACUGAUGACACAGAGGGAAACCAAUUUAUUAUAUUUCAAGAGUCUAUUAUGACGAUGUUGAAUGACUGGAAGGCCGAUCAGGAUCGGAAGUUCAACGAUUGGAAGGCUGACCAGGAUCGCAAAUUGGAUAAACUAACUGAUAAUAUUACACAGGUUAUGUCACAAAAUGUCAAAAUUCAGGAGUCCUAUCAUGAAAUAGAAAAAUCAAUCGAUUACUUGUCAAAAAAAUAUGAUGAUGUUGAGUCUAGAAUGUCCACAUAUGAGCACCAGAAAAAGGAGGACUGUGCAGUUGUUAGGUCACUGGAAAAGCAAUGUAAUAACCUGCAACACAGAAUUGAUGAUAUACAGAAUGAAUUAAACUCGAAAGAACAGUGGGCUAGGUACAAAAAUAUCGAAUUGAAGGGUAUACCACAGGGCAAAGAUGAAAAUCUUCACGACAUUCUGUGCAAUAUCGGGAAGAAAAUAAAUUAUCCUAUAUCGAACAACCAGCUCGACUUUGUAACUAGAGUACAGACCAGAGAGCAAAAUCAACCUAAACCAAUUAUUGCUUGUUUUACUAAUAAAUAUGUGAAGGAAAACUUCAUAGCUGCUGCAAGAUUGUUUAUAAAGACUAGUCCACUAUUACCAACAUCACUGGGACUACAUGGAACGCAUAGAAUAUUUAUUAAUGAUCACCUCACCAACACCAACAAAAACCUGUUAUCCUCUGCCAAGAAAGUAGCUAAAGAGCGGGGGUUUCAAUUUGUAUGGGUCAAAAAUUGCAAGCUGUAUGUUCGCAAAAAUAUUACAUCUCCCGUGAUACAAAUAACCACGGAAAAAGACAUAUCAAAAAUAGUUUAA